AUGGCCAUACAUACUUGUAGUUUGACCCCCGAGGCCCUACUGGAAGCGCCAAUAUGCAGCCACCCUAUCCCAAAUGCAUCUGGGAAUCUAGCGGUUUACACACAGCGAAAUUAUUCGUUUCGCUCGCACAGCGUGACCAGGCAGAUCCGCGUAUGCGAGAUAAACUCAACGCGAAGCUGGGCUAUCACCGAUAACCGUCAUGCCAAUUAUCCCAGAUGGCUCGGCCACAGCGAACAGCUCAUCUGGCUGGAAACCAUGCAUAAUGGGUACACUCGCUUUGUUGUUCGGGAUGCUCGUCUUCGAAGUACCCACUACAUUGUGGGAACUGUUCCUGGCCCAGUCCAGAACCUCAAAGUGGGAUCUGUUGCAUUUAGGGAGGACUGUGACGAUGAUCUGUCUUUUGCAGUUGUUGGACAAGCCAAUACAGAUGGAACACUUUUCAAUCCUGAUGAUAAGAUUAGUGCAUCUAUUCCCCGCCAACCACAAACUACACUCCCUGGGCAGAGUGCUCAUCGCCCCAAGAAUGUCAUUUGGUUCGGAGAACUGGUGCGCCCAUCACAGGCUACGGAGGGUCAAUAUACGAUGACACCUAUGACAAAAUUAAUGGAAUACUUCAAGCUCAGGGAGCUCGAGUUAGAUGGAUCGUUUGACGACGAUUCUCUGGACUUUUUAAAAGAUACUUACCAUAUUUCAUUUGUCGCCAAAGACCCUGAAUCUGACCAAUCCACACAUACAGCCUCAUCAUGCUACCUGUGUCUCAUGAUUAGUUGGACUGGAUCUCCUCCAACAGAUAAAUACUACCAUGCUUGGCGAUACCGUGGGCUGGGAGGUACCAUCUCCUCUCCCACGGUAAAUUCGGGCGGGACUGUAGCACUUUUGUGCAAGAAGGAGGAUGGAUACGCCGCUGACAAGAAUCGAAUUGUACUGGUGAUGAAUUUCCAGACAGGUGAAACCAAAGAGAUAUUUGCGUCCUCUGAUGGCACGGGAGAAUGGAAUCUCAGCCCGUCGGCAAUUUCAUAUGUCUCUGACGGAUCCCUAUUGAUUCAGGUCGACCAAGAGGGACGUCAAGUUCUCUACCAGCUCGACUUGUCGUCUUGGCCGAACCCGCCGACUCCAGCCGACUUGAAGUUAUUUGACGGUCUGAUACCGUUUGGUUCAGUCAAGGAUGUGACACUCCUACCUGGGAAAUCAAACAAGGUUCUAGUGUCUUGCGACAGCUUUGAUCGCAGCAGGCAAGUCAUCAUCCAAGAUUUACCGGCUCAAGUUUCUGGCAUUUCGCAACCAUCAGCCCUCAGAGGAGAGAACUUUGGCCUUUCAAAAAGACAAAUUGAUCAAAUAUGGUUUCCGGGUCACGAACAGCGCCAGAUCCAUGCGUGGGUGGUGAAGCCAUCGUACUUCAACCCAAAGCAGAAAUACCCCCUGCUCUAUGUUAUCCAUGGUGGUCCGCAAGAUAGCUGGAGACAAGGCUGGGACAUACGCUGCCAUCUUGCGCUUUUCGCCGAACACGGGUACAUUGUCGUGGCGCCGAAUCCCACAGGAAGCACGGGUUACGGGCAUCAGUUCACUGAUGAGAUACAAGGCUCAUGGGCUGGAAGGCCGUACUCGGACCUCGAAAGAGGCUUUAAUUAUAUCUGCGAGUCCCUUGAUUACGUCGACACCGAGCAUGCCGUGGCACUCGGUCUCGGAUACGGAGGCUAUAUGGUCAACUGGAUACAAGGCCACGGCUUAGGGCGCAGGUUCAAAGCAUUGAUCGCCGAUAACAGCACCUUCAACCUACUCUCUCAUCUAUCUAGCAGCACCCAGCAUUCGAUUUUGCAUGGGCUAGGUGGACCACCUUGGCUGAAUCCAGAGGCGUGGAGAAAAUGGGACCCUGCACAGCACGCCGGCAACUGGAAGACGCCACAGUUACUCAUUCACGGGGAACUGAAUCGUCAGCGUCCUGUCUCUGACACCCUGGCUGCAUUUAACACUCUAAAUUUGCAAUCAGUCGAGACUGCUCUGCUCAUAUUUCCAGAUGAGGGCUUUCGGAUCCGGAGCCCCGAGAAUUUGCUAUUAUGGUAUCGCACUGUGCUUAAAUGGUUGGAGCAGUAUACAAGAUAA